UAAGUCAAAAAUCCGCAUUUUGUUUGUAUAUUGUUCGAAGGUAGUUAAACAGAUAUUAUUUUAAUUUAAAUCUUCAUAAGUCCUUUAUUCAAUUCUCGUUUGAUAAAAUGAGUCGUAAAAACGCCACAAUUGAAGAGUUACAGACAUAUUUCAAAACUCACAGUAAAAUCAAAGAACAAAAGGCACACACUUCCAAGGUUCACUCGGUUGGUUGGAGCUGUGAUGGAAAACGCUUAGCAUCAGGAUCUUUUGAUAAAACUGUAGCAGUCUUCACUCUAGAUAGAGAGCGUGUGAAUAAAGAAACUACUUAUCGUGGUCAUACUGGUUCAGUGGAUCAACUCUGUUGGCAUGCAUUUACUCCAGAACUGUUAAGUACAGCUAGUGGUGACAAAACAGUCCGGAUAUGGGAUAUAAGAGCGGCUAAAUGUUCCACGGUAACGAACACCAAAGGCGAGAACAUUAAUAUAACUUGGUCGCCUGAUGGUAGAACCAUUGCUGUUGGAAAUAAAGAGGACUUGGUUACAUUCAUUGAUACGAGGACGAAUAAGAUCCGAGCUGAAGAACAGUUCAAUUUUGAGGUGAAUGAAAUUGCAUGGAACAACACUAGUGAUAUGUUCUUCCUUACAAACGGCCUUGGUUGUGUACACAUUCUCAAUUAUCCCGGACUAGAGCUACAACAUGUUCUUAAGGCCCAUCCCGCCACCUGCAUUUGCAUUGAAUUCGAUCCAACAGGGAAGUAUUUUGCAACUGGAUCAGCAGACGCCCUUGUCUCGAUUUGGGAUGCAAACGAACUUGCUUGCAUGAGAGUUCUUUCUCGCUUAGAUUGGCCUGUACGUACAAUUUCAUUUAGUUAUGAUGGUAAACUGCUAGCAUCAGCCAGUGAAGAUCUUCUAAUAGAUAUUGCUCAUACUGAAACAGGUGAAAAAGUAUCUGAUAUUCCAGUAGAUGCAGCAACUUUUACAGUCGCAUGGCAUCCUAAGCAAUAUUUGCUUGCUUACGCAUGCGAUGAUAAAGACAAUAGCGACAGGCGUCGAGAGGCUGGCAAUUUGAAAGUUUAUGGUUUUUCUGAAUAAAAUGUGUUUGUUUUACUACUGAAAA